GAGUCGAGUCGAGUCUGUUGUCUGAUCUCUGAUGUGGACAUUGUGAGCUGAGACGCACUCGCCGCUCUGUGGAUUUGGAUCAGUUACUGUUGCUGCCUGCAGCUGUGCGGUGCUCUCUCGGCUCCAGAUAUAUAUUUAUUUAUUUUUUUUUGUUGUUGUGCGUGUGUUUGUAUCAAUCGAAGAGCAGGAUGAAUGUGGAGGAGCUGCGCAAGAGCCUGCAAAGCUUUGGCUGGCCGGACUAUUUGAUCUUUUGCUUGAUGCUGGCAAUUUGCGCUGUCAUUGGCAUUUACUUUUGCCUACAGCUGCGUCGCGAGUCCAAGCAGCUCAAGUUUAGCACUCAAGAGCAGGCAAAUGAGAGCGCCGCUUCGUAUUUGGUGGGCGGUCGCAAGAUGAAAAUCUUUCCCAUUACCAUGUCGCUCAUAUCCAGCUUUAUCUCUGGCAUUACGCUGCUGGGCACACCCACCGAGGUUUAUCUAUAUGGCGCACAAUAUCUGUAUAUAAUGGGCUCGCUGGUGCUUAUGGGUUUUUGCAUGUAUUAUAUAUUUCUGCCAGUGUUUCAUGAGCUGAAUCUAAUAUCGACCUAUAAGUACUUGGAGCAGCGCUACAAUCGCAGUUUGCGUCUUUUUGGCAGCAUAAUGUUUAUAAUGGCGUCGCUGCUGUGGCUGCCCAUAGUUAUAUAUGUGCCAGCUAUAGCUUUCAAUCAGGCCACAGGCGUUAAUAUACAUAUAGUAACGCCUUGUGUGUGCGUCGUUUGCAUUUUCUACACUUGCAUAGGCGGACUCAAGGCGGUGGUGUGGACGGAUGUGAUACAAACGCUGAUAAUGUUUGGCGCCAUGGCUUUGGUGCUGGUGAAGGGCACUUUGGAUAUUGGUGGACCCAGUGUGGUGUGGCAGCGCGCACAGCAAAGCGCACGCAUUGAGCCGCCAAACUUUAGUACGGACUUGAGCGAACGCUACACAUUUUAUUCGCUUGUGCUGGGCGGCGUUGCGCAUUGGCUUAAAUCGAAUGCUAUAAGCCAGAAUAUGAUACAGCGCUAUUUGUCGCUGCCAACGUUAAGGGAUGCGCGCAUUGCCAUUUGGACGUUUAUUGCAGGCGUGUUGACCUUUCUAUGUAUAUGCGGCUACACGGGUUUGCUGAUCUACGCGACGUAUGCGCAAUGUGAUCCGCUGCAAACAAAACUGGCGCAGCGCAAUGAUCAGCUGCUGCCGCUGCUGGUAAUGGAAACGCUGGGCGAUUAUCCUGGACUGCCGGGCAUAUUUGUUGCGGGCGUGUUUAGCGCUGCGCUGUCCUCGCUAUCCACAGGACUCAAUUCGCUGUCCGCUGUUGUGCUGGAGGAUUUUGUUAAAACCUUUCGUCGCGCGCCGCUAAGCGAAAAGCAAACAGCUUUUGUCAUGCGUAGCGUGGUCGUUUUAUUCGGCAUUAUAUUUGUUGCGCUGGUGUUUGUUGUCGAAAAAUUGGGCGCAGUGCUGCAAUUGACUAUAACGUUGACUUCUGUGGCCAAUGGACCGCUGCUGGGCAUUUUUACUGCCGGCGUGCUGCUGCCCUGGGUUAGCUCCAAGGGCGCGCUGCUGGGCGGCGUCAGCUCGUUGCUGUUGAUGGCUUGGAUGUGCAUUAGCGCUCAGCGUGAACUGGUCAGCGGCGAUUUGGUUUAUCAGCGCAAACCUUACUCAACGCUCGGCUGCAAUUACACAUUCGAUGGUGUGCGCGCUAACUUUAGCAGCCUGCCGCCAGAUGGCGUUUACACUAGCUCUGCUGCUGCUGCGCCCUUUCAGCUUUAUCGCAUUAGCUAUCUGUACUUUACGCUCUUUGGCGCUUUGGUUACUAUAAUCGUCGCUUUGCUUACGUCGCUGCUGCUGCGCGAGUCUAAGCUGCAGUCGCUGGACACGCGUCUGUUGACGCCUUUUGUGCGUCGCUGGGUUGAGCGUCAGCGUCGCAGCAGUCAGCUGCCUGCCAAGCCCAAGCUGCAGGCCAUGCAGGAGACUUCAACCUAGUCUAAGUUUUAAAAUAAAUAAAAUUACAUGCUGCCAAAUUUUUACUGGGGUUCAAAGCAAGUAAUUACUAAAAAACUAAGCGACGCUGAUCAAAGUAAAACUAAACUAAAAUA